GGAGCCCCGCUGGCCGGCUGACGCCCUCCCGCGCCCUAUGCCCGCGCCCUGUGCCGGAGCGGGCGCCGUCCCCGGCUCAGCCACCCGACGACCAUGAAGUGCUCGUUGCGCUUCUGCUUCCUCUCGACCGCCUUCCUGCUCGUCUUCGUCAUGUCCCUCCUCUUCACCUACUCCCACCACAGCAUCGCGUACCUGGACCCCGGCGGGCUGGGCGGCAUCCACCGGGUGAAGCUGGUGCCCGGCUACGCCGGGAUGCAGCGGCUCAGCAAAGGGGGGCCGUACCCCCGGGGCUGCUCCUGCCGCCGCUGCCCGGCCGAGGAGCCCGGAGCCACUGACUGGUUUGAUGGGCGCUAUGACGGCACCGUGUCCCCAGUGUGGACCAAGGAGAACAUGGACCUACCGCCCGACGUCCAGAGGUGGUGGAUGAUGCUGCAGCCCCAGUUCAAGUCCCACAACACCCAUGAGGUCCUGAGCAAGCUCUUCCAGAUCGUGCCGGGCGAGGAUCCGUACCGCUCCCGUGACCCGCGCCGCUGCCGCCGCUGCGCCGUGGUUGGCAACUCCGGCAACCUGCGCGGCUCCGGCUACGGCCCCGAAAUCGACGGGCACGACUUUGUGAUGCGGAUGAACCAGGCCCCCACGGUGGGCUUUGAGGGUGAUGUGGGUGGUCGGACCACACACCACUUCAUGUAUCCCGAGAGUGCCAAGAACCUGCCCGCCAAUGUCAGCUUUGUGCUCGUGCCCUUCAAAACCCUGGACCUGCUCUGGAUCGCCAGUGCCCUCUCCACUGGCCAGAUCAGGUUCACAUACGCACCUGUGAAGCCUUUUCUGCGUGUGGACAAAGAAAAGGUGCAGAUCUACAAUCCUGCCUUCUUCAAGUACAUCCACGACCGCUGGACGGAACACCACGGGCGCUACCCCUCCACUGGCAUGCUGGUGCUCUUCUUUGCCCUCCAUGUCUGCGAUGAGGUGAACGUCUUUGGGUUCGGUGCUGACAGCCGGGGGAACUGGCACCACUACUGGGAGAACAACCGCUACGCCGGGGAGUUCCGGAAGACCGGGGUGCACGACGCUGACUUCGAGGCACACAUCAUCGACAUGCUGGCCAAAACCAGCAAGAUUGAGGUUUACCGGGGAAACUGAGGGCUGAGUCUCUGGCUUCCUGCUCCAGCAGGUCCUGCUGCCUGCAGAGGCAGAGGGUGAGGGACUCCCUGGUGGCCUCAGGCAAGGAGCACGGAUGGGCAGCGCAGUUCCGCAUUGCUGACAGAGCCACCGUGGUGGCAUUUGGUGCCUCCAGCAGCCAAUCAGGUUCAGAGCUAAAGGAGACUUUUUGCUUUUUUUUAAUUAUUAUUAUUAUUAUUAAGAAACCCAGCUGAGAAAGGAUUUAUAAACACAAUCAGCGACUGACCAGGCGGCAGGGGUGGCCGCCUUGCAUCUCUCUACAGUCAAACCAAAUGCUGCUCUUUUUAAAAGAAGACAACACCCCCGCCCCGGAGCCAGGUGACUUUGGGGACCCCCUCGAGCGUCGCGUCCAGGCCGAGGGGGCUGAGGGGGCCGUGGCGGCUGCGCAGCCUCACCAGUGGAACCAGCUGCUUCUUUUUUCCUUUAUUUUGGUGUUUUUCUUUUACCCCACCUGGUGCACCCGAUGCCGUUGUUCCUCCAGGGAAGGCUCCUGGCACGGAGGCAGGGCCCAGCUCACGGAUCCACGGUGGGCAAGUCAGAAGCUUCUGGAAGCCAACCAUUGCUGAUACUCUGCUGCAGGCUGGCAACUGCUGGCACAGCUGUGCAGGGAGAUGAAGAUGAAUCUCAGCUUUGGGGUGCAGCAUCCCUACUCUUCUACCUGAGGACUGGGGAAGGGUAGGACAGAUUUCAGGAAUGACUGUACAGGAGGCAGCUAAGAAACUUACAUGAGCAGCAGCCUGGUCACUCUUGCUGAGCUCUGCGAGCAGUUGCAGGAUGCUCAAGGGGUUGUGGGAUGCAGCAGGGUCAAGGAGACAGGAUUUCCUUUGCUUUCAGGCUGGGAAGAAACAGAUCAGAGAUUAGUGGGUGAGUGAACUGCGCUUUUGCUUUUGUGUUGCUCUAAACAGCUCUGGUGAGAAGCUGAAAUCCCAAAGUCUUUGCUCCCUUUGUCAGGGUGGUGCUUGGUUUACACCAGUCUGGUACAGCUGAGGCCCUCAGGGUCCCCAAGGCUUCCUGGGCUGGACAGGCAGCCUAUGACAUGGGAUGGGGAGAUGCUGAAGGAAACUGCCUCCCCAGAGGUGUCAUUAAAACCACUUUCUUUAGGUCAAUCAGGUGGGUUUUUUUUUUUUAGGAGAUGCUGAAAAGCUCAAGAAAAAGGCAACCAUGGAAAAGUCCCCCAGAGAGGGACUCUCUGCCUGCACAGCCAGUGCUGAGAGUGGAGCAGGGGCUGUGGGGCAGUGCCCAUCUGGGGAAGCUCUGCCCAUUCUGCCUUGCUGGUUGCAAUAGUUAAUUUGAGGAACAAUCACUCUAGGGUUUUUUGGGCUUGGAGAUUUUUUUACCCUUUUGUAUCUGGCUUUUCUGUAGCAGCCUCUUACCUGUUUCUCCACUUUGCUUUGGUUGUUUUUCAGGGUUUUCUUUUAUUUUUUGGGGUUUCUCUUCAAUUGUGAAACACGAGGGUGUGGGUUGGUCACCUGGAGCAGGCAAGUCAGUAGCCCCUGGGCGGGGGAAAUUCAGCUUUUCUGUCCACAGGGAUUUAAACUGCUGAGUUUUGUGGUGGAUUUUGGUCUAUAGAAGUGGAGCCACCCUGGUGCAGGCAGCCCUGAGCCACAGCACACAGGCUGCUGCAAGCCCUGCCCUCCACCUUCCUGGGUGGUUUUUGAUGAUUUUUUGUUUUGUGGCUUUUCUUUUUACGGGGAAGAAAAUUCAAAACCACAAAACCACGAGCAACAAUGAGUGCCUUGACCAUCUCCCAUGGGUGGCGCCUGGCUGUGCCCGUGCUGGCGGCGGGGACGUGGCCAAUGUACCUGGCAGUUGUGCCCGCUGUACCUGGCAGUUGUGCCCA